AUGACUGACUGCAAUCGUUCUAGUUCCCUUGUUGGAUUCACACGCCGCUCUCGUCACCUCGGUGAGGCCGCCAAGGGUGGUGAGAUCUCUAACCUGAAGAACACCGUCGGCUCCCUCAAGCGCCUGAUCGGCCGUUCUUUCAACGACCCCGAUGUCGCCAUCGAGCAGGAAUACAACACAUCAACUCUGGUCGACGUCGAUGGUCAGGCCGGUGUCGAGGUCAACUACCUCGGCAAGAAGGAGAAGUUCACAGCAACCCAGUUGGUCGCUGCCUACCUCACCAAGAUCAAGGACAUCACCGCCAAGGAGCUGCGUCUCCCCGUCUCCGACGUGACCGUCAGCGUGCCCGCUUGGUUCACCGAUGUCCAGCGUCGCGCCAUGAUCGAUGCCGGUGACAUCGCCGGUGUCAACAUCCUCCGUCUCAUCAACGAUACCACCGCUACCGCUCUCGGCUGGGGUAUCACCAAGCUGGACCUCCCCGCCCCCGAGGAGAAGCCCCGCCGUGUCAUGUUCGUUGACAUCGGUUACUCCGACUACACUGCCUCCAUCGUUGAGUUCCGCAAGGGUGAGCUUAACGUCAAGGCCACCGCCUACGACCGUCACUUCGGUGGUCGUAACUUCGACAAGGCUCUGACUGAGCACCUUGCCGUUGAGUUCAAGGAGAAGUUCAAGGUCGACAUUAAGACCAACCCCAAGGCUUGGGCUCGUACCCUGGUCGCCGCCGAGAAGCUCAAGAAGGUCCUGUCGGCUAACCCCCAGGCCCCUCUUAACAUCGAGUCCCUCAUGGACGACACCGAUGUUCGUGCUAUGAUGAAGCGCGAUGAGCUCGAGGAGAUGGUCAAGCCCCUUCUUGACCGUCUCACCGUCCCUAUCGAGCAGGCUCUCUCCGAGGCCAAGCUCAAGGCUGAGGACAUCGACUCUAUUGAGAUGGUCGGUGGCUGCACCCGUGUCCCCGCCAUCAAGGACACCCUGACCAAGUUCUUCGGCAAGAACCUGUCCUUCACCCUCAACCAGGACGAGGCCAUUGCCCGCGGCUGUGCCUUCAGCUGUGCCACUCUCUCCCCCGUCUUCCGUGUCCGUGACUUCGCCGUUCACGACAUUGUCAACUACCCCAUUGACUUCACUUGGGAGCAGUCCCCCGAGAUCCCCGAUGAGGACACCAGCCUCACCGUCUUCAGCCGUGGCAACGUCAUGCCCUCUACUAAGAUCCUUACCUUCUACCGCAAGCAGCCCUUCGACCUUGAGGCUCGCUACUCCAAGCCCGAGACCAUGCCCGGCAAGGUCAACCCUUGGAUCGGUCGUUUCUCCGUCAAGGGCGUUCAGGCCAAUGCUGAGAAUGACUUCAUGAUCUGCAAGCUCAAGGCUCGCCUUAACCUCCACGGUAUCCUGAACGUCGAGUCCGGUUACUACGUUGAGGAUAUGGAGGUCGAGGAGCCCGUCGAGGAGGAGAAGAAGGAGGGUGACGCCAUGGACACCGACUCCAAGGACGAGCAGCCCAAGAAGACCCGCAAGGUCAAGAAGCAGGUCCGCAAGGGUGACCUCCCCAUUGCCUCCGCCACCGGUGGCUUCGACCAGGCCACCAAGGAGGCCUGGACCGAGCGUGAGAACGCCAUGUACAUGGAGGACAAGCUUGUCGCCGAGACCGACGAGAAGAAGAACGAGCUCGAGGCUUCCAUCUACGAGCUCCGUGACAAGAUCGACGGCGUCUACUCCGAGUUCGCCAGCGACGAGGAGAAGGACAAGCUCCGCGCCAAGCUCACCGACACCGAGGACUGGCUCUACGAGGACGGCGAGGACACCACCAAGUCCGUCUACGUCUCCAAGAUGGACGACAUCCGCUUCAUUGCCGGCCCCAUCGUCCAGCGCUACAAGGAGAAGGCCGACGCCGAGCGCGAGGCCGUCCGCAAGGCCGACGAGGAAGCCGCCGCCAAGAAGCGCGCCGAGCUCGAGGCCAAGAAGCAGGCCGAAGACGCCGCCAAGAAGGCCGAGGAGGACUCCAAGCCCGAAGGUGACGCCGAGAUGCAGGAUGCCCCUGCCGAGGAGUCUGCCGACAAGCAGUAA